AUAACUACACAAUAUCUACCAAAGUUUUUCGAAAUGUACCAUUUUAUCGAAAUUUAAAUGAAGAUUAUUUUUUGAAAUCUUAACAAUAACCUAAAAAUUUGACGUUUCAUCAUCCCACUUACUCGUUUUUCAUACCAAGAUAUAAGAAUGAUUAAAUUCAAUCAUAAAACGAAAAAUUAACCAUAAAGAAUAGUUAAAUUACCGGACGAUUAACGAAAUAUUGAAGAAAAAAUGACCCUGUCUAUUUACCAUGAAAAGCAAGUUAGAGAAUUGUGUGCUUUGCACGCUUUAAACAAUUUAUUUCAAUCUCGAGAAUUUACAAAAGAAGAACUUGACCAAAUUUGUUAUUCCUUAUCUCCCGAUGUUUGGAUAAAUCCACACAAAUCUGUAUUGGGUUUAGGUAAUUAUGAUAUAAAUGUUUUGAUGAAAGCUUUACAAUCUAGAGGUUACGAAGCCAUUUGGUUUGAUAAAAGAAAAGAACCUACCUGCUUAAAAUUGGAAAAUAUUUUUGGGUUUAUAUUGAAUGUUCCCAGCGAUUAUAAGUUGAGUUUUAUAACAUUACCGUUAAAAAGAAGACAUUGGGUGACAUGUCGAAGGAUAAACGUAAAUUUUUACAACUUAGAUUCAAAGUUGGAAACACCUGAAGUUAUCGGAAACAAUGAAAAUGUCAUGGAAUAUUUACAGGAUGAAUUAGAACACAAAGAUAAACAAUUGUUUUUGGUUGUUACUGAAGAAAUAGCAAGAAAUCAAUUGUGGUUAAACGAGGACUUUAAUUUUUUAUAUGAUAAUCGCCAAUCGGAAGUGGUUUUACUUGGUGAUAUUAAAGAUAUUAUCAGUGAAGAGGUUAAUGUUACAAUUAAUCCUUUGUGUGAUAGUUUAAACUGAUAAUGGGAUUUUUUUUCAGUGUUUUGUGUCUGUGAUCGUGAAUUUUAAUGUUUUAUGUGAAUUUUGAAGUGUUUUUAUUAAAAAAAUAA